AUGCCAUCAAAUGAAUCAUACGCAGUAUCCGGUCAUUCCGAAGGGAAGAGUAUUCGGAUCGACGAGACCCGGUUUGCGUUCACUCCCCGGAAGAUUCGCGUCGUCUGCAUCGGUGCCGGGUUCUCUGGUCUGAAUCUGGCAUACAAACUGAAACACGAGAGGCCACUUGACUACGUUGACUUUCAAAUAUAUGAGAAGAACACGGAGGUAGGGGGAGCCUGGUGGGAGAACGUUUAUCCCGGGGUAGGCUGGUGGGUAUACUCUCAAAACAGCUACCAAUUUCCGUUCGAGCCAAGCCCCGACUGGUCAAAGUUCUACGUUGGAGGCAAGGAGAUCGAGGACUACAUACUGCGGACAACAGAAAAGUACGGGUUGAAGGAGAGGAUCGCAUUCAAUACGAGGCUUGUCCGAGCGACCUGGAAUGAGGAACAGGCCAAAUGGAAGCUUCAACUGGAACGAGGCGAAUUCAUGAUCGGAGACGAGGCGGAUAUACUGAUUGACGGGAGUGGCAUCGUCAACAACUGGAAGUGGCCGAAUGUUGAGGGACUCGAUCAAUUCAAAGGCAAGAUUGUGCAUAGUGCAAAAUGGGACGCCGAGUACCAGUGGGAAGGCAAGAGGAUAGCGGUUAUUGGAAAUGGAUCGUCAGGAUUGCAGCUCGUUCCAGCGCUUCAGCGCAAAGCUGCGAAGAUAGUCAACUACGCUCGUCGCGCCACGUGGGUGUCAACGCCCUUGUGUGGCAACUUGCUCAGGGAUGCAAACGCGACGAACUUCGCAUACACUGAAGAAGAGAAAGAGGAGUUUCGGACAAAUCCAGAAAAGUUCCUCGAAUAUAGGAAGGUCGUUGAGACGUCUGUCAACAGCGUAUAUCGGUUGAUGAUUUCGGGAUCCGCCGAAAACAAGAUGCUUUUCGACUUGGUUGAUGCAACCAUGCGAGAGAAGCUGAAAGACAACCCGGAGCUUAUCGAGAAACUCAUUCCCAAGUACGAGCUUGGGUGUCGCCGCCUGAGCCCCGGCAAUGGGUAUCUUGAGGCAAUCCAAGCCAAUAAUGCACGAGCCACGUUCAGUCCCAUUCAGAGAAUCACGCCAACCGGCAUUGAGAGCGAAGAAGGCGAAGAAGAGUUUGAUUUGAUAGUUUGCGCCACGGGUUUCGAUACUAGUUUCGUUCCUUCCUGGGAUCUCGUCGGUCGCGAUGGGCGACGCCUGGCAGACGAGUGGAAAGAGACGCCUUCUGCUUACUUCUCCACAUGCGCGGGUGGUGUUCCCAACUACUUCAUGUUUGCCGGUCCGAAUUGCCCGAUCGGCCAUGGUUCUGUUCCGCAGAUGCUUGCAUGGACCGGGGAUUAUAUGUUGAACUGGAUCGAGAAGAUGGUCGCAGAAGACAUCAGAUCCAUUGUGGUCAAGGAUUCUGUCGUAAGGGAAUACAACGCCUACGCGCAAGAAAGCCUGAAGCGGUGCGUAUGGUCGAAGGGAUGUCAUGCCUGGUACAGCAAAAAGAAUGCCGAGGGACCCAACACGGUCACGGCGAUGUACCCAGGCAGUGUCCUACACUUCAAGGAGUAUAUGAAGACCAUCCGGGGCGAGCACUUCGACAUUCGGUACAACAACUCGAACCAAUUUCUAUACCUAGCCAACGGAGAGCUGGCCUUGGAGCGCGACGAAGGAGGCGAUAUGGCAUAUUAUCUCACUUUAUCGGGUUCUUCAUAG